UUAUUAAGUAUUGAAAUGUAAAAAAAAUUGUUAAAGAAAAAUUAUUAUGGCGACUCUAUUUGGCAUGAGUUUAUAUUUUUGGCUAUGUUGUAUUUUAUUCGGCGUUGUGAUAUUAUUAAUAAUUCACUUUUACAUAAUUUACACUCACUUGAAUCAGAUUCCUGCACCGCCCUACAUUCCAAUUUUGGGCCAUCUUCUUGAUUAUGCCGAUCCCGAAGAGGGUCUUAAAAAAAUCACCAGAUCUUUAAUUAAAUACGGAGGUAUUAUUCGACUAUACAUAGGUCCAAGAAAGCCAAGCAUUGCGGUGGCAAGCAAGGAAUUUAUAAAAUUUUUAUGUCAAAAUAAGAAGUACGUGGGAAAAGCUAAAUUUUAUCAAUAUUUAAAAGGAUGGCUUGGCGAAGGACUUAUAACUAGUGAUGGAGAUAAAUGGUUAUCCAGAAGAAAAGCAUUAACUGCUAGUUUUACAUCAACUUCAGUUCUACGCUCGUUUAUUGAAAUUUUUGAGGAAAAGACAGAGGUAUUAAUCGAUGUCUUAGAAAAGCUUGAUAACCAGAAUGUUGACAUGCAUCCGAUCAUGAAAAAGUUCACUGCAGAUGUUAUUUAUGAAACUGCCAUGGGGUUUCCCCUAAACUCUCAAAAACAAUUAACCAACUCGACUUACGCAACAAGCAUAGAAACAAUUUGCGAUAUGGUACAAAGAAGGAUGGUGUCAGCAACGAAACAAUUUGACUUUUUUUACCAUUUCACCAAAGAUUACCAAGAGGAGAAAUCAGCUCUAAGAGUUAUCGACAGGGUGCUAGAAGACAUAAUUAAAAACAAAAAAAAGGAAAAGGGCGCACAAAAUUUUAAUAAUAAUAAAGAUUUAUUAGAUUCAAUGAUGGAAUUGCACAUUGAUGGAAAAAGGAUGAGUAGCUCUGACUUAAGGGAGGAAGUAAACACGUUUUUGUUUGCUGGCUACGAUACAACAAGUUCAGCAAUGGCUUUAGCACUGUAUGAGUUGGCUCAAAAUUCUGCAAUACAAAAAAAGGUACUAAUGGAACAACGAAUGCUAAUGGAACAAAGCAAUAAUACGAAAAUUACGUAUGAAUUACUAAAUAAUAUGAAGUACUUAGAAAUGGUUAUCAAAGAGACCCUAAGGUUACACACUAUUGUACCAGCUGUAGGUAGAAAAGUAAAAAAAGAUUUACAAUUUGGUCAUAUAAAAAUUCCGGAAAAUCUCAAUAUAAGUGUUUGCCUUCAUGCUUUACACCAUAAUCCAAAUUAUUUUCCGGAACCUGAGAAGUUUAUUCCGGAACGUUUCGCUGAUGAAAAUAAAAUUGACGAAUUUACUUACCUACCAUUUGGAGUUCAACCACGACAAUGUCUUGGUAAAAACUUUGCGAUGCUAGAAAUGAAGACGGCCAUAUCGAAAAUUAUAAGACAUUUUGAGGUACUGAAAAUACCAGGGAAGAAAUUAACGCUUAAACCAAAGUUAGUACUGUACCCUUCUAGCGGAAUUUGGAUAUCUAUAAGAAAAAGGCACCAACAGUCAAUUUAAAAAUAGUUGUAUGUUAUAGAACCGAAAUAAGUACAAAUCCCAUUUAUUGUUAAUAAA